GUAUGACACAGUACCGGAUGCAGAUGCCAAGAGUCAUUAGUGUCGGCCGUCGACCUUCGAAUUCUCAAAGAGAGAGUCAGAGCACAGCUAGCUACCAGCUAGCUAGCAAGCUCAAAGCACACAGAAGAAGCAGGAAAGAGCGAAACCGCACAGCCCCCUGAAGCCACAGCACAGCAAUACAAUCCUUCAUCCAUCAUCCGAUCAGAUUGUCAAGAUCACUUUGCAGAGUAAGAAUAUCCUAUUCAUUCUAUUCAUUCCCUUGAGUUAUCUACCCGUAUACCCCAUUAUCUAUAUUCAUAUAUUCCACCCGACGAAAGCUACCCCAAAAAACUACCCUCCAGCUACCCAUUAUUAUUAUUAUCUCCUCUACGGUAUUGGACGAUGCACGCCGUAAUGGCUCCUUCGAGCGUCAAUGUGAAUGGCGAAAAUGGCGGCCGUAGUCGCAGCCAUUCUCCUGUCAAGCCCCCAGAAGACGACAGUCCUGUGGUUGUUCGACGUCGAGGUCGUGACGUUAACGGUGCUACUGCUUCAUUACGAAGACCCAAAGCCAUUACGGCCAAUCGUCGUACGAAAAGCUCGGAUCAUGCCCCCAAGCAAAAGUCUUCCUUAUUACAAGAUUAUACCCGAGGUCAUGCCAGUGUCGGGACGUAUGCUCCCAAACGACGCACGAGCAACAGUCCCGAAAGUCGUCUCCUGCAAAAGACCUCGAUCAUGAGUGCUCCUCAGAGUAGUCCCGUCAUGACCGACUUGCCCCAACGACGCUACCCCAAAGCCAAACCGAAACCGGGCGAACUCCUCGAUUUCAGUGGUCUCCUCAGUGAUACAUCCGACUCGACACACAACACCAUGAACGACGAUUCCGGACAAUCCGUCGAAGAAUUGAUUCAAUUUCGAGUGCGAAAUCCAAAUACCGUCACGGCCAAACCACCUCCACCUCCGCCACCCCCAGCACAACCGCCGCAACCACAACAACUCAUUGCCGCAUCUCUGCUCGCAGGACGCGGUCAAGGACUCGAUGCCAUUGUCGAAGAAGACAAACAAAUGAAUCAGAGUCGUUUCAGCAUUACCAGUGUCAACCAGCACACUAGUAGUAUGGAAAAUAUCACCUCUUCCAAUCAUUCCACCAUUAGUUCUGCCAGUGGAGGAUCGUCCACCCAUUCCCGAGGAUUGUUGCCCGGAUCCUCUCAUCACAGUUCUGCCGGAUCAUCGUCGCAUCACUCUCGCAAGAGCAGUGCGUCGUCGUCGUCCUCGCAUCAUUCCCACAAGAGCAACAACAACAAACCCUCGUUGUUGGGACGAUUGGACGAUUCGUGCACGUCCUUUGCCGAUGAUAACGAAUUUCUCAAUGAUCACACCACCAAGACGGGGAAUGUUCGAGGAGAGAAUGUGCCCUCUCUGUCCAAGUACAUGAAUGAUACCAGUAACACGACCACAUCUACACGCGGCAGUUUGGCCAGUGUCUCUAUUGAUCCCAACUCGCUCUUCCAUCUCAAGAAUGGGAAUGGUGGCAGCAAUCACAAUCCUCAUCAUCAUCAUCAUCAUCGAGACAGCAAUGCCAGUCAUACGACACAACGAGACUCUUUGCAAAGUGCUGGGACCUACAAUACCCGUGAUAGCACUGCGACUUACAACACCCGAGACAGUAUGGCGACUUACAACACCCGAGACAGCACCGCGAGUACGUUUAAUCCACGAGAUAGUACGAAGAGUACUGCAACAGCGAGCACAUUUAAUCCUCGCGGCAGUCACAACUCGACCACCAGCAUGCGUCCCAGUCGAGAUUCCAUUCUCAUGGGAAAACCAAGUGCCAACUUGAUUCGAGAGAGUUUGGUAUCACCGCCCCAUUCUCCCAAACCACCCACUAGUAGUGGAACCGCGGCGCCUCUACAUCCCACGGCACGAUUGUUACAAGCCGCUGCCAAAGCGGUCGAAGCACCACCCCAGAAAAAGGGAGGUCGACGUCAACGACGUAAUACCGCCACCGAACAUACUCCCAACAACAGCACGUCUUCCGAUAAUAACAACAAGAACAACAACAAAUUGCCCGGUCUACGACGCACUCAAACGGCCGAUACCAGUGGAAACAAAUAUCACGGUACAGCAGGGGAUCCUUCGAUGGAAGGGAGUGGUCGUAUCAAACGAGGAUCGACACUCUCACGCAGUAACAGUGGUGACGAUCAUCCGGACGGUACGAUGGAUGACAGCGGGGCCGAUAAUAAUAUUGGUAGUAGUGCUAGAAGUCGGGGACGGAAUCCCCUGCGUCGCAGUCAAUCCAGUGAUGGAUGUGGUUCCGGACCACUCGGGCGAAUGCGACGGGCCGGACGCCGCAACAACAACAAUACUACUACGGACGGCGAAGUUCCUCGCCUGCCGGUCCGCACCAAGAGUAGUGAUGGCAGCGUGAGCAAUUUGAAUAUGCGUGGACGUGCGUUGCGUCGAUCGGCGACGCAAGGAGAUGGAGGAGGAACAAUGGAUGCAUCCGAAAUACGACGCAAUGGAUUUCGACGUUCCAAAUCGUCCGUCGAAGAUAAAUAUGGUGAUGGCAGUGACAAUAAUGGUGGUGGUCCCCGAUCCUUGUCACCGACACGACGAGGCGGUGGUGGGAGCAGCGCAAAAGAUACGAGUUUUGGUGCCAACCAUCAAUCGACAUUCAAUGCCAGUCGUAUCAAGCGAUGGGACAAGGAUGAAGUUCGAGAGAUGGGUCUGAGCACGAGCAACUUUGGUGGACAUGAAUUUGAAAAAAUGCUCAAGAGUGUCAGUGCUGGAUUGUAUCAUUGUUAAUUGAUUGAUUUAAUUGAUGAUGAUGAGAGGUAGCAAACAGUGCUCGGCGAUGGUCUCUUGUGGAGUUCCCAUUCUAUUUCGUUGCUGCUUGGAGCAAAUACGAGAAGAUGGAGAACGAUCACAAGGGACUAGCUAGUCACAGCACCCAAUUCAAUUCACUCGACAACGCACUCGACAACCUGGUGCGUUGCUGCGCAGGAAGAAGCGAUACGAAAGCCAAUAAUAGAGACAGAAGUAGAAAUUAAAGUGUACCUCGGACUUUGACUGGACGAUCAGUUGCAACUUUUUGGAGGCCACACAUCCAGAAACCUUGAUACCGUACCAUCAGGGCCCACCGUAGCUAGG